AAGUGGGAUUUAUACAAAGAGGGUAGGACAAGUGUAUUAUCGGUAUUUCCGGUUGUUUUUCUCACGUGACCAGGCACGAGAGGCUCGAGGAAACAAUGUGACUCCCCACCGGGGCUGUGCUAGAAGCUAUUUUGCUAUCACUUCAAAUCUUUAUCACAAAUGUUUACAGUAAAGAAGAGAGAUCAUUUCUAUUUUCUAUUUAGACCAUUUCAAGAAAUUUAAAAAUAGUAAUUAAUUCUAUAAGAAUGAGUAUGUGAAAACAGUGUCUGAAAUAAAAAAGACUCUCUUCUACCCCGAGGGGUUUUAACGCUCGUUACAGCAGCUGGUUACAAACAGGAAGUCCCGUCUGUAACCGAGCUUCGAACUUUCUUUUACAACAAAUACACCUCAUUCUAGACCUCUUCCCAGGAAACAACGAAAGACAAUAAGCUUAACUCUGCAUAGGCUUAAAAAUGAGUACAAUCGCAUGGACAUUUGAAGUCGGAUUACUCGUUCUGUCGGACGGGUGAAAGAGAUGUGAUAAGCUCAAAAGAAAUUACCGUUCUGCCUACAUGUGACCAUCUAAAGGACCACCAAAGCGACUGUAGAAUGCCCUGAUAGUGGCUAAACAUGCAAGCCCAGAAAAUAGGCGAUCUUCACGAUAUCUGCAGCAAAGGACAAGUCCUUGAACUAAAACAAUAUCUUGGAAACCUCAACAAUACUCAAAUUUUAGAAGAGCAUGCUGGCUUUCUUGGAUAUACUCCUCUGCAUCAAGCCACCAGCCGUGGACAUGCCGACUGUGUUGCCCUCCUUCUUUGGUAUGGAGCAGAUGCAAAUGCCCCUGCCAAUGGAGGUUAUACCCCUCUACAUCUUGCUGCAUCUAUGAACUUUGUUGACUGUGUUAAAGAAUUGCUGCGCAACGAUGCAGACAUCUCAGUGCAGGAUGGGUUUGGGAAGACUCCUUUUGAAACUGCAGUCAUUCAUAGGUGUAAGCCAGCUGCAAGAAUUCUGAAAAGUGAAGAAAUCAAGAAACUAGCUCGAGAGAAUAAUCCCCACCUAAAGGAAAUCCUACAGUCUAUUACUGAUAGAGAUAUCACAGACACUUGCCUGCAGGAGGCUUUAUGUGAAGGAUGCAAAAUGGGCCAUGUCAAUGCUAUCAACUCCAUUGCUAUUGCUGGUGUUUCUAGGAGACUCAGAUUUGAAGAGCGGAAUUGUAUGCUUGUGACUGUAAAGCUUCAUUUUAUACCAGCUCUGUCUGUACUCCUGGUUUGUUAUGCCGCUCAAAACAACCUCCUUAAGUUGCUCAAGUACCUGCUUGAAGUCCCCCUUGUCCAGGAGGAGAAAGAUGCAGCGCGCCAGCAGAUGCCCUUUAGCCAGCAAAUACAUCCUCUUAUCAACAGCAUCAGGGCGUACUACAAAGCAGACGAUUUCCAAGUCGCAGUCCCUCUGCAGCUUGCCUUAUACAAUGAAUACAAAGAAGUGGCCAAAGUGCUACUUCUCUGCUUCAACUGCAACAAGGACUCCAAAGAGAUUGACUGGAGGAAGCUAGGCUUGAGAGAACUGGAUUCUUCACUUCUGAAGAAAAUUCGCUGGCCUGAAAAGCUGGUUCUCUCUUCGAACUUGCUGGCUGGCAUCUCCAACAGCAUCGUCGACCUUGAUAGGCUAUGUCGUCUUGAUCUUCAGAAGAACAAACUUCGAAAGAUCCCGAGUGGCCUGCUCAAAAUGACUUGCCUAAAGUACCUGGAUCUUUCUGAUAACGAGUUAACUGACCUUCCGCGUAAAGAGUGGUCGCCUGUGCUUAAGACAUUGUACUUAAGUGGUAACCUACUUGAGACCCUUCCAGAUAGCAUGGCUUCGGCAAAAUUGGUAAACUUGUACUUGGCUCGUAACAGGCUGUACGAAGUGCCGGCGUGUGUGUGCGAGCUACUGACGCUGGAGAUAUUGGAUCUCUCGGAUAACAACCGUCUAACACGUCUCCCAGAAAAGAUGGGAAAGCUUACUAAGAUAUCUACUCUGCGUCUUGAUAACCUGGAACAGGUCACAGACCCCCCAGAGGAGAUUAAGAGGAAUGGGGUCAAGACGAUAAUGUACCUCCGGGCGAAGCUUCGCUCCGCACGAGGCUAUUAUUCUAUGAAGCUGAUGCUUGUUGGGCGGGAAGCGCAAGGGAAGACCACCUUGAUGCACCGACUGAUGUUGGAUAACACAUACUUCAUAAACAGCGCGACAAAUGGAAUCAGUAUGGAAGAAUUUCGUCUCAAGAAAGACUUCCUUCACCGAGAGUUUAUUUUCAAGAUUUGGGAUUUCGGCGGCCAGGAGGACUACUACGCCACACAUCAGUGUUUCAUCUCCACCCUGUCCCUCUACAUCCUUGUCUGGAACCUAGAGGAAGGAGAGGAGGGCGCGGCCAGGCUAGAGGGGUGGCUGGACACCAUAUCAGCACGUGCACCUGGCUCCUCCCUCGUAAUCGUCGGCACCCACCUUGACAGAAUAAAGAGCAACAUCUCAGAUUACGGGGAAGAUUAUGUCUCCCAUAUGCACAAUGUGGUGGUCGAACUGUGCGAGCUUCCAAAGUACAACCGAAUUUGUGUUAAGGCCAUCAAAGAAGUAAGCUGCGGUUUGGAAUCCAGAGAAGGGAUUGAUGACCUAAGAAACAAAAUUUAUGACAUAGCUUCAAGCCUUCUGAAGAGUGGCCCAAACCAGGUUCCAGUCAUGGGUGAGCCCAUACCUCACAGCUACUUUACUGUGGAAGAACUCAUCGCUAAGAAGCGAGAGGAGCUGAAGGCUGAGAAGAAGCUUCCCUUUAUACACAGGGCGGAAUUCGAAGCGUUAGUCACUGACACUACCCGAAGCGAUGCACUCGAUAUUGAGGAUCCAGACGACGUCAAGGAAAUCACUAAAUUCCUCCACGAGCGAGGCAUCGUUAUGCACUAUGAUGACCCAAACCAAGAUCUUCAAGAUUAUUACUUCAUUGAUCCGGCCUGGCUUUGCGACCUGAUGGCCCGGAUCGUCACUCUACCGAUAGCCAACCCCCACUUCAAAGAAGGAAUUCUGUCAAAGGACAAGUUUGAAUUCAUAUUCAGAGACGAAACGUUUCCCUACGAAUACUACACACAGUUUGUACGACUACUCAAUCGAUUUCAAAUUGCUUGUUCUCUGGACGAGAACCGGCUGCUGGUUCCAUCAAAGCUACCUGAGGAAACACCAAAAGAUGCCACUAGUGCAGAUCUUCGCUACAUAACCGUCAAACGAUUUCAUUCACUUCCUUUUAUGCCGUACGGUUUCUGGGACCGUUUUAUUGCAAGGUUUUUGUACUACACAAGGGACAUGGUGGUUUCUGGUUGCACGCCUGUGCCAUCGCCAGGCAGUCCUGCCUCUAUGCUUCGGACUCCUUAUGAUUUGGAUCCGUGCUGCUGCAAGUGUCGUUUGACAAGUGAUGAGCCAAUCGAAGAAGAAAUCAGUGAGACAAGUGACAAUGUAGCCACAGAGGACGUCAACGCCCACGAGGACCCUGAAAAUUGCACUGGGGACGAAAACCGCAAUGAAGUGACUGAUGGGCUGGACCCGUAUGCGAGGUACGUUCUUGAAGAAGACGUCGACGGCGUUUAUAUAAAUGGUGUGUGGUUUAGCGGGAUCACAAAAAAUGGUGAAGAUUCCAGUAGUGAUGAGGACUGUAGUGAUGACUACGAGGACUAUGAAGAGUCAAGUUUCAAUUCAAAAGACUCUGGGACCCCGUAUAGAAUACAAGUUAUCCGACAAAAUGGCUAUGCUAAGCGAUUUGUUGAAAAGCGAGCUGCGUCGGGAAGGAAAAGGAAACCACUUUCCCAGUCCUUCACUUCAGGAGAGCUACAAGCUGGUCUCAAACAAAACAGGUCUGCCCGUUUAAAAAAGAGCACAUCAAACUCGUUACCAAAGCAUUUACCCCAACGAAAGGAGAUUGGGUCUCCAGCUGUCAGCCCGCUUUCAGCAUCGCUAAACGGUUACCACCACGAGGCUGUGGUUCGGAGCGUAGGAAAUGUAUCUACAUCACUUUCAGAUCGAGGGACCUCAUUUGAAAGCCGUGAUCAAGCUAGAAUUUUCUCUCACCAAGACGCGCCAUCCUCGUGUCCCCAUGUGGGAUUCGGGACAUCGAAUACAAUAGCAUCUGGAGAUCGAUUCCAUCAACAGCCAGGAUCAUCCGAAGAUGAUAGUUCGCUUCUUUCAACAAGUUCUUCGAAUGGCGAGCAGGAAAUUGAAUCGAAGGUUCCCUCUACAGCAAGUGAAUCAGUGAAAGGAGUUCUCUCUCCUACGCCUAGCCAGGACGAGGUAUUUCUGCCAGAAAACAGCCGUGAAAAAGAGGGUCUUCAUCCACAGCAACUUGAUUUCGAAGAAAGAAACGCAUCAUCCAAUAUCGAAGAAAACGUCGAGGAAGCAUCGAGUGCAGAAGGUGUUGUCCAGGAAAAUUCAACAAGACGCUCUCGGAUUUUAGAUUUCUUGGAAUGUCCAGUACAUGAGCCAAACUGUCCAUGCCUGAAAGAACACCAGGCCGGCUCUAUUCCUGAGCUACCAAGUGAUUUACCGACAUUGAUUGACAGGCAUUUUCUGCGUUGCUGGCGAUCAGGGGUGUGCUUGAGUCACCAAGAUACGAAUUUGUUUGUAAAAGUGUCCCACAUUGGUGAUCCGCAAGACAAAAGCCGUGAACUAAUCGUCACUGAGGUCAGCCCAAACCGCCUCGGCAGAAGAAUACUGAGCUACGUCGUUGAUCACAUCGAUACAUUGAUCCGUGAAUGGUAUCCCGAUCUCUCAUUCACGGAUGGCAGAGAGCUCAAAGUACGGCAAGCGAUACCGUGUACAGUUUGCGAGCGACUAGGAACCACGCCUACAAUGUUCCCUUUUGUGCAGUGCCAAGCCCAGAGCUCAAUUUCGGACUCUAUUCCCUGCCCCAAUCACCCUGAAGUAGAGCUGAAUCUCCACCUUGUUGCCCCAGACAUUAUGCUCCACGAUGUAGACCCGGAUCUACUGCUCUCCACAGAGGAAAUCAAAUACGAAAACACGGAAUCUAAUCUAAUUGGAAGCGGGGGGUUCGGUAAAGUUGUUGUGCGUGGGGAAUGUCGCGGUCAGCCUGUUGCCAUUAAGUUCUUUGACAAAUGCGAUGAUGAAAUUGAUCCUUUGAGACAUUAUUUCGAGGCGCGCAAGGAAUUGAAUGUGCUACGCCGAGUCCGGCAGCACCCUUACUUGAUCAACAUCAUUGGGGUGUCUCUACGACCUCUCUGUCUCGUUCUUGAACUCGCAGAGAAAGGAAACCUGUCGGAAUCACUGUCCAGCCCGAUUCCGAUCCACAGGAUUGUGUUGUUUCGUAUUGCUUACCAGAUUGCGGACGCCCUUGCGUAUCUACACACACUUGGAGUAAUCUACCGUGACUUAAAACCAGAAAACAUUCUGGUAUGGUCUCUUAACGAAGGGGAUGACCUGUACGUCAAGCUUAUUGACUUUGGGACAGCAAACUUCGCUACAUCUGCUGGCUUGAUAUCCAUGAAGGGAACGUCGGGUAACCAUGCUCCUGAGAUGCUUGACGUCGAAAAGAGGGAAUACACCGAGCAGGUAGACAUCUACUCGUACGCUAUUUUGCUCUACCAGAUCAUCACUCGAAAACUACCGUUUACGGAGCUGAAACGCGAACCUGAAAUAAACCAAGCGGUGGUGAAUGGUGAAAGACCCAAGUGGAGAGAUUGUCCCGUCGCAUUCUACGGGCUACCGUCCUUGACUGAGCUUAUGCUUGAGUGCUGGGUCAGCAAACCAACUAGGCGACCAAAGUCAGGAGAUAUUACUCAGCAAGUCAAGAUGCCCGCCUUCCAGCUUGUCCUCGGGAAGAUGCAUGUUCCAUCGGAGCAAUCAGUCAGGCAUGCCUGCGUGGUACCGAAUGCCAAGGAAAUCUGGAUUGCUUGCUUUGAUCACACUGGGAACACCGUGUUGGUUUUUGACUACGAUCAUCUCGCUUUAAAGCACACAUUCUCAGUAGAUACAUUUCAGGAAACCAUCGACGCCUUCAAGGUGCAGUGUAUGCAUCUCGUAGGAGAUCAGAUGUUGAUUGCUUUUCGAGGAAGCGAUAAUUUUAUCAACGCAUACUCUACAGGAGCUAAAUAUAAGCUGCUAUGGAGCAUCAGGUUUAACGAGAACAUUACUUGUUUGUCCUCCGAUGGGAAGUACCUAUUUGUUGGUAUGAAUGAAGGCGUGGUCAGAAUCGUGCAAAGAAAGGACGUAAAGAAACACGAGAACAGACGAUCAGAUGUCAACAUUAAAGUUGAGCGCCACCGAAUCUUGUCCCUGAUCGCCGUUGGGGACAGGUUAUGGGUAUCCUCUAGCAAGUACGUCUAUACGUAUUUCACCAAAGCUUGCGAGAUGGAGGCAUUUGACAUGGAGUCCAUGUGGUACGGGGGGAUUGAGGGCUUUGAGGAGAGCCCCCAGACUCAGAUGAGCAAUUUAACUGUUUCUUUCGACGGUCUUCAUGUCUGGACAACGUGUCGCUGUGUGCUUACCAAGUGGUGCCUGGAGACGAGGCAGAGAAUAUUCGACCUUGACUGCUCAGCUGUUAUUCAGGGGAUCUCCUCAGGCGGGCUUACUAUCCAGGAGAGGGACGCGGACAUAGUCUGCCUGGCGCCUGCACUGGACACUGUCUGGGUCGGUACGGGCAGUGGUCACAUCCUGAUUUGCAAAUCGGAAGAGGCACGCCUCAUCACUUGGUUCCGCCCAUUCCAGGAAGUGCGCACCCUGUCAUUGUGCACUGGCCCUGGUCCGUAUGGCACGGAACAGUGCUUUGUCGUCAGCACAGGAAAGGGUCUACGCGGGGAUGGGCUGGGUACUAGUAACCCCAUAGUGUGCCCGUUGACCCCCGAGAGGGUCCACGAGGUUCAAGAUGAAAUGGUUAUCCGCAAAAAUGAGGAGGCCCGCGCUAAGACUCGCAAGCGAAGCCUAUCUGCUCCUAAGCUGAAAAGCGGAAGUAGCGUUGACAACGAGGAUGGAGGUAUGGGAGCUCGUAUUGUUUAUAAGUCAACGAUGAUUGUGUGGGAGGCGCUAACCGCCAACGUGCUGGAGAGGAUUGAGCACAAGAGUGGGCGUGUCAUUAACCACGCGUUUUACGAAAAAGUACAGAAUAGCCACACGUCGUGCCAGGCCACUGAUGAAGUACUUAGAUAGAGGUUCCACUGGGACUGAACUGAUAAUUUGCGUAAACCCAAAGAAUCAUUGAGCUUGUUAUAACGUCACGUGAUCCUGUUAGAGUUCAAGCUGCUGAAAUCCACAAUCUUUUGCGAGCUCUCCAAAGUAUUUCGUAGCUCAGUGGUAGAUUUAUUGCAUUGAUAUAUUACGUUUAUCGAUGUAAACUGAACAGUAACAAUUUUAUUUAUUCAUUUAAAGACAUAAUGACAAUCUACACACAGUCAAAUAGCAGACAUACAGACCAAUAGCUAAAAAAAUGUUUGGACUAAUUACGAAAAAUAAAUAGUUACAAAGGAUUUGAUAUCAGAUUCGAAAAGUUUGAUGUUGAAAUUGAUGUUGAAUAUAAAGUAGAAAAUUCAAGUUAUGACAGAUUAAACUGGAGUUCUCAAUCAGGUUAACUCUUUAACCGUAAAAUGACAAGUAGAAAAUGGGACUUCUCCAUGUAAACAAAAAAAUAUUUUAUCUUAGGAUAAUUUUUUUACAGCUCUAAAAGCUUGUUAGAUAUUUUUGGCUUUUAAAAAAGUUGUAAAUAGUAUAGCGCUCAUAAAAAAGCAGCAUCGUACAUUGACAAAUAAAGAACAAACAAUAAUGAUA